UAAUUUUAAAAAUUCUUUCGAGGAAUAUCUUUUGAAAAAAUAGAGAGAAUUAAAAUAAGGAGAAUUAUGCAUUAACUUGAGAUAAAGUUGGUUAAUAGUUAAUUUAUUUUCUUCUGUUAAAAAUGUAAACAGUGAAUAAUUUUAAUCAAUUAUUACUUCUUUUCUAAAUGAAUUGAUAAAUUUCGCAAUGGAAAAUAUUGGCGAAUAAUAAUAAUUAACCGAAAUAAUUAAAAUACUCGGGUAAUUGUUUGGAAUGACUUUUGUCAAUCAACUAACUGAAAAACUUUGGGAAAAUAUUAAAGUUUUGAGAUAACCAAAUUUAACAAGAUAUUAAGAAAAACCUUUAGAAAAACCAAAUAAAAAAAUAAACCAAAAUUUGGUAAAUUGGUAUCAUAAUUACAGAAUGUAAAUUGAUCCUGCAUUUUCAAGAUUUGUAAAAUUAAUCAAUUGAUUAAUCAUCUUUAUAAAAAAUUGUUAAAUAUUUUAACAAAAUGAAAAUUUUAUAUUGUGAAAAAUUACGAUUAUUAUUAUUACAUAUAAAAAAUUUUAAAAAAGAAAAAAAAAGUUAAAUGAGCAAACAUAACGAUACGUAAGGAAAUUGGUAACCAGGUAAAAAAACACAAAGUAGAAAUACCGAUCUUUUUGAUAUCGCACUUCCCAGCGAAAACUAUAAAAAAAUUUAGAUCAGGUAAUCAGACAAUAAAUCUCUAGACAAUGAAUUUCUAGGCAAUGAAUCUCUAGAUGAAGAUUUUCUAGACGAUGAUUUUUUAGAAGAUUAUUCAGACUAUAGUUUAAACCUUUAAAUACAAUCGUUUUAACAAAUUUAAUAAUAGUAACAAUAAGCUAUGAAAGAUCUGCAAAAAUUUAAUCUUCGUGAAGCAGAAAAAACCAGAGAAGAUACUUUUUUAAUUAGAAAAAUAAGAGAAUUUAAGAAAAGAUGCGGAAUUGCAGAAAUUAGAGAAGAAGGAUAAGAAGGAUAAGAAGAAUAAGAAGAGUAAAAACAAUCUCAAGAAACAUCAUAGACGUAUUAAAUGUAAUUGAAGCGCGGAGAAACAACAAUUUUUCAUCUCCCUUAUUAAUCAGCAGGUAAGAACACCGAUCCUUUUGUGACAAAUGUUGUCGACAUAAAUAAGGAUUCUAGCAUGAUAGAAGUUGGUAUUUAUCCCAAAGAUUAUUCCAUUGAACACCUUGAUCCAUUUUCGAAAUUUUCUUACAUGUAUUUUUACAAAUACUAUUUUGAUCAACUCUUUUUAGAUAAAGAAUUAAUCUAAUUAAUCGAUGGAGAACAUUAAAAAUUAAUAAAUGGUCAACUUUUGGAAGGCUAAUUUUAUGACUUGUUUAGUAGACAUUUUCCAGAAAAAACUUGGGGAUAAAUUAAGGGCAAGUUAUGGAAUAAAAAUAAUUUUCUCUAAAUUAUUAUGGAUUAUUUUGAACAAUAUGCACACUAAUACGCACUAGCUCAGCAUAAUUGUUUUGCUAGAUUGAUUUCAAAUAAUCCAAAUAAUUAACAAGCAAAGGCUUUUAUUUAAACAAUAGAAACUGUUAUGAAAAUUAACGAUUUUCUAGAUUAAAGUUCAGAAGCUUAAGGUUUUGGCACAACUAUUCAAAAUUACUCUUCCAGCUUUCAGAAAAAGUUUGUUAUUGGAUCAAAAGAUUAAAUAGCUAACUUGUUAAUAACAAAAUAAAAAUUAUUGUGCGAAAGUAUGAUUAAAUCUCAAAAUAAUUUGAAAGAUUUUUUCAAUCCAUAAUAAAUUAUGGAAUAAUAUUACGAGAUGUAAUAACAACUUUUAGAAAAUAAAAACAGAAAAGAAAAUAAUAGCAGAUUUUAAAAACUCAUUUACGACAUAGGAAAAAGCAACGAAUCUGUUCAAGUCGUCCAAGUUGGUUAAUGCUAUUAUUCGAAUGAUGACAUGCAUAUUUACAACGCAACAAAUAUGAAAAUCGACAUUAACGAUCCAACCAUUUUAAAAGAUUUGAUUGGAAAUAAAAGUUCUUGGAAAAAUAUCCAUCUUGUCACUGCGACAAUAAGAGAGAAAAAACAAUUCGUUAAAUAUGUUAAAGAUUAUUUCGAAUCUUCAAAAACAUUUAAGCAAUAUGAUUGCGAAAAGAUUUUCUAUUGUUCAGAAAUGGAUAAUAACAAAUUCAACGAACUAAUGAGCAGAUCUAAUCCUUUUACAGUAGAAGAACAAAGUUAAGACGAAAAUGGUAUUUUAAUCAGAGAAUACGAAGGAGAAAAAAUAAUAAUUGUCAAAGACUCCACUAUCAAAAGAAAAGGUAUGAUAUUGAAAUUGGAAGACAAUAAUUAAGAAAAAUAAAAAUUUGAUGAGGCUAAAUUUCCAAAUUUUGAUUAGCUAUUAUCUAAUUGUUUAAAUAAAAAUACAACAAUACGUUAAAUAAAACAAUUGACAAACCCAUCAAGAAUUAUGAAAUUGACUUAUGCGAAAGUAGUUGAUUAUCAUAACUUAUUUUCUAUUACCGAUUCUCUGACUUCCAAGCAAGAAAUGAAUAACUUUGAAAAUAAAAAAUAAAUGCAAGAAGAAGAAUAUUAACAAGGAUUUGAUAGUCUUGAAAGCUCUUUUAUUGACGAGCAAAUGGAUGAUUCUUCAGAAGAAGAAGAAAGUAAAGAAAGAUCAAAUCCAACCAAAAAAUUGUUGAAACCUUAAAUGGUUGAAGAUAGAAUGGUUAAAACAAAAGAAAUUUCAGCGAUAAAUGAUUUUUCUAGUGACUUAAAUUGCUGUUAUCUCGCCGAGCCAAUAGUCAAUGCUUUUAAGUAGAUGAGCACUGGCUUGCUUCUGGAAAAUAAAUAUGUGUUUUAUUUCGGUUUGAAAAAAUUAAUAACGAAGAUAAUUGGUUCUGUUUGCCCUCCUAUAGAAUCAAAAGAUUACACAAAAUCUAAAGAUUUCUAAAAUUUUAAAGAAUUUAUAAAAGCGGUUUUCUAUGGUAGUAAUACCAAUAGAAAAAAAGAAAUAAAUGAAUUUAACAUACAAAGUUUGAGAUCUGUUCUAAUUUAACAAUCUAGAACAGCUCUGAGAUUAUUUAGCUAAUUGUAUGGAACAGAAAUAAACUUUUAUUUAUGCGAAUAAAUUAGUAAUGGUCUUUAAUAAUUUGAAUUUGAUAUCAAUCAGGAAAAAAACGGAGAACGUUUAUUUUUGUCAGGAAUCACUAUUUAAUGGGAAAGAUUAUUUUCCGUAGACGAGAGAGUUGUAAAAUCAUUUAAUAAAACUUAUGCAAAACUUUUGAUUUACACAAAUGUUGUUGCAUAAAUGUGUAACAGAUUUUAAAAUGAUGAAAAUAAUCAGGCUUUCUUGAGCGAAUAUUCCUAGAGAAUGAUAAAAAAAUUGUCAUUAAUUUUAUUCCCUCAUAGAAGAUCAACUAAAAAAAUGGAUAAUAUUGAUCUUUUUUAAUUUUUUAUGAUAUCUGCUGAAAUUUUUGCUUUGUUGUAAGGUUUCAACAACAUUAGAGAAAUCUUUUAUGAAUAAGCAAAGAUACAAGAAAACAAGGAAAUCUAGAAAAUGUUAGAAAGAGGAAAAAUACAACCUAUAAGAAUAAAUAAGUAUUUCUACUUAUCUAUGUUCAGUGGCUUCAGAAUAAAAUUAAUAAUUGCACCGCUUUAUUUAUAUCCAUUAAAAGGUGAAGAGCCCUAGAUAGAACCAGAACAUAGAAGACAUCUUAAAGAUUUCAAAAAAGAGUAAUAACAUGAAAAAAAGUUAUAACGUGAAAGAUAGUUAUAAUUUGAAUAGUAAUAAUUUGAAGAAUAGUAAUAACUUGAAAAAUAGUUAUAACUUGAAAAAUAGAAAUAAUUUGAAGAAUGGUAAUAAAAUAAAAAGUAGUAAUAACCUAACCGCGUAUCCGACUCAUCAAAAAUUAUCAGGGCGACGAAUAAAACUGAUACUAAUAGAUUAUCGUCUAACAAUCCUGGUAAUAUUCUCAGGAGUAAUAAAAAAAAUUGA